GGGACAGGGGCGGACUGACCAUUUGGAAACUCGGGCACUGGCCGAGGGCCCGGGGUCAGUAGGGGGCCCCAUGAGAUGCCCCUGGUACCUUUUUCAUAGGCUUUUUUGAGUUUGGGCAAGGACACAGGGGCCCCAUGAUCCCCUAUUGCCCAGGGGCCCCAUGAGUUGUCAUUCCGCCCUUGGUACGGGAUAUACAUCUUAUAGGGUCACCAUAAAGGAUAACUUACUAGAGCUCCCAACAUUUCCUAUUUUAGAGGGACGCAUUUUUUUUAGACAGAUAAAACUUUAUUUUGGUGGUAUUUAU